GCUGCCAGUGGAAUGGUAGUCAUUUUUUUAUUCAUAUUGUGUGUAAUGUUGUAUUUGCUUGGUCUUGUGUUGUCUCUUCUUCCCCUUGAUCUUGAGUUAUCGCCUCUUGUGCCUGCACUGCUCGGUGUGCCUCCUCCGCUUGCAGCGCUUUGUCAGGAGACGUUGAAUCUUGCAUUGCCUGUGCGGCACGAGUUGCGUAUACGUAAAGGACCUCCUCCUUCGUCGCGGGCGAUUUGAACUGCGGGAGAAUUGUGCUACUCUUUCAGUUGCAACUGUGUCAUCUUCUGGCACAAACAAGAUGUGGCGAUGCAUCAGAAGGUCAACUUAACAUUGUAGAUUGAUUCAAUGAUUUCGUGAAGUUCCAUUAAGCGAACCCCUAAAUGCUGCCGCAAGAAAAUACGAAAUAAAAUAAAACAAAAUAAAAUAAAAUAAACAGAUGAACACGCAUUCGAGUAACAAGCGUGCUUGCGCUCCACUGUCAAGGGGGCGCAGUCGCACGGGCGGCCGGGGGUGAGACCUCGUGCCUAUUAUAACGGCGGCAUAACGGCACAACAGCUGCGUGCCAAGCUGCGCGCGGCCGAUGUGUACCACCUCAAUGUGGGCUUUAUCCUGCAAUGUUAUCUGAUGUAGAUGCGCCGAGCUUGUGCUUGGGACACCUGUGCGCGCACGCAGGUUCUCGCGCAGUCGGCCGGAGGAGGAGCGAGACGGGCGCGAGCCACGAGCGCGGAUACAUCCGCCCGAACUCGGCCGGCUUCGCGACGGGGGAGUUCCGCUUCGACAUGGAGGAGGACCAGCGGCCGCCCAUGUGGAGCUGGAAGCGCAUCCUAGCGGUCUGCCUGCUGGCGGUGGUGUUGCUGGUAUCCUCCUUCUUGGGUGGCUACUUCCACGGUUUGCACACGGGCAAGAGGACGAAGGACCAGCAGGGAAAUCUGUCCGAGGAACUGUUUGACUCGGAAUGGCAGCGACUGCCCUGCAUAACCGAGGAUGACGUCUGUCCUGAAGGGUUCACCGACCCGCCGCUGAUCCUGAUUUCGUUGGAUGGCUUUCGGCCCGACUACCUGUCGCGCGGCCUGAACCCUUCGCUCGAGCGGCUCUCCCAGUGCGGCGUCAAGGCGCCCUUCAUGCGCCCGGUGUUCCCCACCAAGACGUUCCCCAACCACUUCACCAUCGUGACAGGUCUGUGGCCUGAAUCUCAUGGCAUCGUGGACAACAAGAUGUAUGAUCCCGAGUUCAAGACGCUCUUCAGGGUCGGAAACAUCGAGUCCUACAACUCGCGGUGGUGGGAAGCAGAACCUAUAUGGCUGACAGCGGAGAAACAAGGGAAGCGCGCCUCCACGUUCUUCUGGCCAGGAUCGGACGUGGACAUCAUGGGCGCGCGGCCCAGCGAAUUCUUCAAGUACAACGAGAUGAUACCGUGGCAGACGCGCGUGGAAGUGCUGCUCGCGUGGCUCGACCUUCCGGCCGAGCGGCGUCCGUCGCUGCUGACGCUGUACGUGAACGAGCCGGACAGCGCGGGUCACACCCACGGCCCCCACUCGGCCGGCGUGGACGAGGCGCUCGAGCUGGUCGAGAUCAUGCUCGACAGGCUGGUGGCCGGCCUGCAGGAGAGGCGCCUACUCGGAUGCGUCAACCUGCUUGUCGUCUCCGACCAUGGAAUGGCGAGCACCAGCUGCGACCAGGUCAUAGCGCUGGAGCACUUCAUCGACCCGGGCUCGGUGUACUCGCUGGUGGGUCCGACCGCCCGGCUGCGGCCCAAGCAGCCCGAAGACGUUGCGCCGCUCGUGGAGGCGUUGCGCUGUCGCGACAGCCACUUGCUGGCCUAUGCCAAGGAAAGGCUGCCCAAGCGGUAUCACUACUCGGACCACCGGCGCAUCGAGCCCAUCGUGCUCGACAUGGACUCCGGCUACCUCGUGCUCAACCGCGAAGCGGACAAGAAUCCAGCGCUGUGCAACGGUGGCUCGCACGGUUACGACAACAUGGCGCCCGGCAUGCAGUCAUUGUUCGUGGCGCACGGUCCGGCCUUCCGGCAGAACGUCACCGCCAGGCCGUUCAGGAACAUCGAGCUCUACGAACUCAUGGCAGAGCUGCUGCGCAUCCGACCCCAGCCUAACAAUGGCACCCGCGGCGUGCUGCACUACCUGCUGCGCAACCCCGCGGCCCUUCCGAACGAGCCACCGCUGAGGACGCCCGGCAUGUGCGGCAUCAACGGCAGCGACGAAGGAGGAGACAAGGAGGACGGGUGCAUGUGUAGAAACACCGUGCGCCCUUCGACAGCACCGGAUGCCUUGCCGCGACACACACCCUGGGGUCUGCCUUCCCAGGAAGAUGCCGAGGCCGGUUCGGACGGCCAGAUGUCACCUUGCGUGCUUGCCAACAAGGACUACGUGACAGCCUUCGACAGGGCGCUCAGGCUGCCGCUUUGGACGGCCUUCACGCUCGAUGGAAAGCACGAGCACGCCAUCGCCAACGCUUGCUGGGAGCGUGACGCACGACUUAAGGGUGCCGACCUCAGCUGCCAUGAUUACGAGGCCCUGGCCACGAGGUCUUUAACCAAGGAACCACUCUUCCCGCCAGAGCUGGCCUCGUCCCGCGCCGAGCAGUCGGCGGUGUGGCUGCACUCGAACGCGCUGCCCUUCUACCACAACCACUCGGCGGGCGUGCGGCGCGAGCUGCUGCGCCUGGUGCAGCUCUGGGAGGCGCGCCACGGCUCGCUGCACCUGGUCACCGGGCCGGCCUUCGACCUGGACGGGAACGGACGCAGGCCGCCGCUGCACAGGCUCAGGGCCGCAGCGGCGGACGGCGUCCCGCCGGUACCGACGCACGUGUUCUGCGUGGUGACGCGCUGCCUGUCCGAGGGGGUCCCGGUGGACCGGUGCCCCGCCGAGCGGCUGGACGCGGCCGCCUUCCUGCUGCCGCACCUGCUGCGCCCCGAGAACUGCCAGCCGUGGCCGCAGUACCUGCUGCAGCACUCGGCCACCGUCGGCGACGUCGAGCUGCUCACCGGGCUGCGAUUCUAUCGCGACCUGCCACCCUACGAACGCAUACGGCUGCGCACGGUCAUACCGCAGGCGCUGUGGCCUGCACAGUGAGGCUCGAGCCGGCUGCAGCUUGUCUGUGGCGCAACGAGCAGUUUAUCUCGCUAAUACCGCGUUUCGGUAUUAGCCAGCCAAAGCCAGCGCUAGUGUCGGCGUUGCUCGAUGGGAAGGAUGGGUGGUGGUGGUGAAAAACUUUUAUUGACGAGAAGGCCAAAAGUAAAAACAAAUUAAAAAGCAGCGUUGUGGGCGGCCUUCAGGCUGCCGGUUGUGGCGUCCAGGCCAUGCCUAGUCGCGACGUCCUCCGCCCAGUUCACCAGUCGGAGUUGGAUAUCCGGCUCGGUGCUGGACAAAGCAGCCUCCCACUGCUGCGGAUUGCUUAGGUGCCAAGAGGCAGGGGGCAAGUGUGCCGGGCAGGAGAAUAGGACGUGAGCGUAAUCGGCGCGGGAGCCGUCACAUAAGCGGCAAGCCGGCGAGUGCGUCCCGGGGUGGAAGAGGGCAAGACGUGCAGGAGCAAGAUAGGUAUGGGCCUGAAGGUGGCGCCAUAAGUGUUGGUGGGGCUGGGAAAGGGAUUGGUGCGGAGGGGGGAAGGUGAGACGAGAGAGGCGAUAGUGCUGCGUGAUAUCGCGGUACGUGAGGAGCGCGUCGCGCGUAUCCAUUCCCGGCGGAGGCGGGCUUGCUCGGUCAGUCGAAUCUCGAGCGAUGGGAUUGGCCGCCUCGUUACCAGGAUGGGCCGCGUGAGCGGGCACCCAGAUGAUUUGGAUGGGGCUAGAGGGAACGGUAUCGGAACGCAAGAUUCCGAUGGCCGGGUGUGCCACCCGUCCAACCUCGUAGUUGUAGACCGCAGGUUUGGAGUCGCUGAAGAUGUACUUCGCGGAGGUUUGCGUGAUGGCAAGGGCAAUAGCUGCCUCCUCGGCCUCGACAGAGGUAGAAGUGUAGACUGAGGUAGUAAGAGUGGGUCGGAGAGAAUUGUCAGUGACGGCAAGGGCAUGUGCUGGGUAGCGGCGGUACGGGGCAGCAUCUACGUAAGCCACGGCGGCCUGCCGUUCGUACUGACGCCAGAGCGCGGAGGCUCGCGCAGCUCUACGGGAGGGGUGGUGUUCGGUAUGCAUAUUUUUAGGGAGGGGAUUAAUGGUUCGGAGGGGGAAGACAUGGGAAGGGAUGGUCAGUGAUGUGGGAAGAGGAAUGAGAGGGGAGAGAUUAAUGGUGGAGAGAAGUACGCGACACGGGCGGGUGCGGGAGAGACGGAGGAGCUGGGCCGUGCGAUGGGCCUCCGUCAGCUCCGUCAGGGAGUUGUGGACGCCCAUCGACAGUAACCGAGCCGUCGAUGUAGAUGUGGGAAGGGACAGGGCUGACUUAUAUGCGUGGCGAAUGAGGCUGUUGACUUUGUCUUCCUUGGUACGAGAAAAGUAGAGAUACGGAAGAGAAUAAAUGAAGCGGCUGAGAACAAAGGCCUGGACCAGGCGGCGGAGGUCGUGUUCGUGCAUGCCGUGGUGGCGGUUUGCAAUGCGGCGUAUGAGACGGACAGUGUGGUGUACAGUGUUUGUGAGUCGAGUGAUGAGGGUGGUGUGCUUGCCAUUGGACUGAAGAAAGAGUCCGAGGAUGCGGAGGGUAGAGACGAGAGGAAUGGGUGUGCCGUCAAGGUAGACGGUGAGUGGAUAAGGCGACAGGGGGGCCAUCCGCCCAGGCCGAAGGAGCAAAAGCUCCGAUUUGGUCGGGGAGCAGCUCAACCCGAUGUCCCGGGCGUGAAGGAUGGGCGCCCGAGUGGUAAGGUGCUCUUCCGCAGUCGCGUGUGCAAUGAUAGCGAGCGACGAGCUGAGCUUUAUCCAUCCGAGGCGAAAUCCGCAUGCCCCGCGAAAUAUGUGGCUGAAAGCAAGAUUAUCACGUAGAUCGCGCAGUGAGAGAAGGAUUUUACGGGGAAUUGAAAAAAAAAAAAGAUAUUGCCGGAGGAAUAUCGCGCAACUAUUGAUAUAUACUUCCCUCGCGGAUCUUUGCGCAGUGCACACGCCGUCGAACAAAGUGAAUCGUUUUCCUCUCUGAGCUGCGCCACACACUCCUUUUCAUACGUGGCCAGGCAACACGAAGCUACGCAAGUAGUGCGGUCUCACUCCGCGUAUUUUGCAGUGCAGUUCUGCGACGAUGUAUACGACUUGUCGACAUAAGGUUGCAUCCGUGUUGCAUGCGAUGUAUGCGACGCACUAUGUUUUGGUCGCGAGUGGAAGCGGUGCGCUGUGACCGCGGGUCGCAAAAGAGGGUCCCUCUAUACUCGUUCGGUGGUAAAAUAGGUGCAGAUUUGCAACACGUUCCAUGCAAUAGUCGCGUUACAUUUUGCGGCACAAGAGUAUGAGACAAUGUUAUGUCGAAUUACAUGACACGUAACUGUAUAUUUAUUUCAUAUCUGACGCAAUGUUUUGACAGUAUUCACUUUCACUUUAUUUGUUCAUUUAAAUGGAUACAGCUUAAACACAGCGUUUGUAUGCGAAGGGGUGGCAAAGAGGCAGCUACCGCAUUCACUAGUGUAUACAUAAGGCCCGCACCCCCACUUUGGAAUGUGAAAAUUUGGAAACUAAACUUUCACUAAAAUUCGCUAAACGUCACGUGUAUAGCUGCUUACCGCCAAAUUCCCAAAAGCCGCUCCAAGAUGGCACUACUCACUGUCCCAAAAAUUGGUUGUCGACUGUAAAUGCACUAUAAGCCGUUGUGCACCCUUAGGUGUCCUUAAGGGUGCAGGUUGGUCUAUAACUCACUCCCUUACACCCACAAAGAGUGUAAAAGCUUGAGUUAUCGACAGAAAGCACUCGUAAGUGUGCAAAUUGGUUUACAGUGUGAUCGUAGUAGGCCGCUAUUGGUUUCAUUUAUUUGCCUUGCAGCCUGACCGCAGUACGGCUUCAGUGAGCAGCCAUAAACCAGCCCCGUGUAGGGCCCGCACCCGGUAUAAACUCCGGAUAAAAAUGUGCGGGUCUUGCACGAAUAAAUACGGUAUAUGCCUGACAGUGCACCAAAACCUGCUCUAACCACUAAAUUACGCACGUUCAGCCCAUUGAAUGAUUACAUUCUUUGUUGAUAUGGUCAUGAGAGAACCGUACGUAACAUUUUUCUCCUGCGAGGAAAAACAAAGCACACCGUAGACAACGCUUCACAAACUUCUCGUGCAAACAAAAUUACGAGACCUUUGUCCCACACUUGAAAAAAGCAUAAUUGAAAGCAGACUAUGCAAUCAAAAUAUUACAACACUUGUCUUCGCCGUCGGGCAUCGCACCGAUAUGAGCAAAACCGUCCCGGAACCGAAAACAGAUCACAUAAUAAUAAUAAAUUCACAUCUGAAGCGCGAGUAGAUAAGUAUGCAUCUUCUUUUUCUAAAGCUCUACUGGCCGGCUUUCUGCUAUUAUGCUAGUAACUACAGAAUUUCUGUUCGAAAGCUGAGGAAUCAUGUGCGUCAAUUUUUACCUGCCGUAAUUUGUCCGUAUUUUGUCGCUUCAAUAACUAGGGCGUCUAAAGCUUUAGGUAGGUGGUUUCCUAAGAAGCGUCAUGGAAUGCAUCUGUGUUCCAUUUAAUUUGAUCAUAAACGAGUGUGGUUAUUAUUUUUUUUUUGUAGAAAAUAAUUUCAAAAGUUAGGAUGUUAGCUUGCGGGAUAUUGGGGCAGAAUCCGUUCGUCGUAGAACGUCUUCGAUUAUGCGUAGCACUCUUUUUUUGCAGUCUAUGAAUACAUUCCUUAUUGGUAUUGUACGUCGUGGCUCCAAAUUAACAAAGUAAUAGAUAGGCGAGCGCACUAACGUAUAGUAACGCUGCACCGCUUACCAAAGUGGCAAGAAAUAACUGGUUUUACAAAUUAUAUCAAGUGCACGUGAAAUACCAUUACGAAGUUUAUUGAUAUGAAAGGACCAAUUCAAAACCGUUCUGUUUUAACUGACAUACAGCGCUUUCAAUCAAAACUCCUCGAAAUGUACUUCGAAUUUUUUCGUCGCGAAUGUAAGCAGGGAGAGAAGCCUCUCUAGCCUUCAGUAUUGCCUUCUACGCAUCAAAAGGAGCCUGGGUGCUCCUCAUAGGCUAAAACACGUUGGCGGGCUAUUUGGUUUGAAUUCAUGAUAGUGUGUGUAAGCGCGACAACAGUGUGUAGCGCUGUCUGUGUGUGUGUUUUGUUUCUACGUCCUCGUUCAGUCGCGUUUACCCACUCUAUCAUCCCCUCCUAGGCGCCGCAACUAUGCGCAGUCAUAGUGACACAUACAGCACAAAAAAAAAAAAAAGAAAGUACGGUGCGCGUUCCCAUCAAAAAGCGUCCUUGUCCUGUCGUACUCGAGCAACGCCUCCUAGAUAACUGAACAAGUGGACUUGUCUUCUUCAAAGAAGACAAGUCCACUUGUCGAAACGUUGGCUCCUGCAUUCACCUUGUUCACGUUUUGCUCAUCGUCUUGAAUUUCCAUCUUCCGCAUUCCCCGUGUUUUCCCUGGAGUGCCUACUUCUGUCCUUCGUGCGAUGUCAAAAGUGUCUAAAGUGACUCCACUUUCUACUCGUCAUUCACGAGUGCCUUUCUCAUGAGCAAUGUGUGUGCAGCAGCGGUGAUCGUCAGGAUAGUUUUCUCAUGAAUGGGUAAGGGUGCCCAGCUUCUGCGGCCGCGCUUUGUAUUUAUCUGGCUCCUCAUUAGUCUGGAAAUAAAAGUGCUGCGAUAGGUAGCUAUCAAUUCUCUUCCUUCAUGCAUCCUCGCGCUUUCCUUCGUAUGACGUCAUCUGGUCGCCCCUCUCGCAUGCGCGGAUGAGGCCGGGUAUUUCUUCUCCUCUGGAAUUUGUGGUGGCUGUAACUGUGCGUGGUAGACAAGCCAGCAUACCAGCUGGCGCAGCGGAACGACAUCGAGAACAACUACUUGUACGCGAGUGCUUUACGGCGUGCUGACCACCGGUGCAUGCGGGUUAGAGAGCAACGUCGUUAAAGAACAACUUUACGAGAGCGCCUGAUGAUACAUGUGCAUAUAUUUUUGUCCACAAUUAUUUUGCUACAUGUUACUUUACAUGUUAGACAUGUUACACAUGUUACACGUUACAUGUAACAUUUUGUUACAGCUGGCUGGUGUUUGAAAUUGUGUGCAUGUAGAGUGGAAUCGCUGCGCUGUCGUCAUGCUACCCCAUUCGUAUCACAUUUUGUUAUUGCGAGACUUCCGUGUAUUUACUUUACACGGGUGGCUGUUGUGCGUUGCUCUGCUUGUAUACAUCGUACAUGCGACAUUUCAAUGACCGCUGCCGUGCCGUUAUGAGCAUCAGUUACAACGAAACGCCAUCCGAGGACACUGGGAAAAUGUUUUAUGUCAUAGCCGACAUUUCGCUAUAACAGGUCGCAGUUACACACGUGUGGCUUUUUUUAUGGGAGAUCGCAAAACGCUCGUUGCAUCCAUUAUUUUGCUCGGUCCCCUUUCGUAACACGUAGGCUUCGCUGUGUUUGUUCCGGCAACUGAGUCGGCAGGCUACUUAACAACGCGUAACAGUCAGAUGGCGCUGUGCCACGCCCGUGUUUCUCUCGAUUUUCUAAAUGUCUGCUUAAGUGAAUUUCUCCGUUGCAAGAGGAGCGAAACCUCAUCUAGACGAAAUUUUCCGUAAGUGACGAUUCCUUCAUUGUAAGCUUUCAGCGACGCCGCUCUUCAGAAAUGCAUGCACUAAUUGAUUAAGCACGUCACUUUGUUGUCGUAUACAGAAUAAAUGCGCGGCUUUCUUUGUGCCGAGCGAGGAUCGUGAAAUUUUGUGGCUCUCCUUCAUAUUCUCCUGUACUUCUUGCCUUCCACUCCGAAAGCGGAUUAUGGCAUUAGAGCCAUACAGUUUUGUUUAAUAUUAUAUAACCACACUAUAUAAAGACCUGCUCGUCGCGCCAUUUCGUCUCUGAAAUUGUGAUAACGCGACCGACGCACUUUGCCAAUGUGAACAGACAUGAUUCGAGCGUAAUCACGUGGCUCUUUACCAAACCCAUGCAUUUGAAGUGUCUCGCGCAGGUUUAGGGCUAUAUUCGGCUCUAUAAACUGCUCGUGAGGUUGUACGCUUCGUGAGGCGAUGUUUCACCCGUCGCCACGUCAGGAAACCGAAGUGCUGGGCAGUAAUGAUGUAUGAAUGUUAUCUAUUUCCGCGGUGAUAAUUGACGCAACAUGGAAGUCUGAGAACGGUAUUGUUCUCCCCGGGCAUCAUGUCCUGUCAUUUUUCUUGCGUGCCUUCUUUUUGUCAAUUUCAUUGUUAAUCUCUUUAGCCAGUGAUUCCUGGCGUGUGUGUAAUUAACUGAACGUAAUUAUGAAGUACUGGCUUGAGAACAGACAUUGCAUACUGCUCUCGAAGGAUACUUAACAGAAGUUGCUGUUGUAUAGACACUACAUCAAUGACGUUGUUUUUAAUCUUUGUGUUGUAAAGAAGUGCUGUCUCUGCCGAGACCGAAGAUCUCCAGCAGUGACAACACUUACUAUAUUCGUGAUAUUUUCUCAAGUGUUUAGACUGCUUUUGUCUUGAUGAGUUGUGCUGGCAUUUUCUUCAGUUGAAUGUCACUGGCAGCUAACAUCUGCAUUUAUCAGACGAGCAAGCACUCCUAACAUUCCCUGUCUACGGCUGCACGAGAAUUGCUGGUCAAACGAAUGCUCACUGCUUUCUUUGCGACCAUCAUCGCUUCGGAAACAAUCGUUCUUGAAGCCUGGGCACCGGUUACAUCGUGGGUAUGCCCGUUGUGGUUACGCUGCUCGCGUACCCUGACUUGUGUUCAUCCUGAUGCCCUUGAGAGACCAGAGCUCGGCACUAAGUGGAAAUGAAUGCAUUUUUUACGCCUUCGGAGUGACAGCCUUUAAUAAAAGUUGCUUCCAACUGGCCAA